AUGUCUGUCUACAAAAGCAUAUACAGCAAUAGGCGUGUGCGCUGGUAUUUGACAGCCUAUUCAGCGAAUUGCAAACUUCUCUGCACCGACGAUGAUCGUCAGUAUGUACUUCAACUGGCUGCCGUACAUACAGUAGUCUUUAUCCACUUCGAGGCAAUGGAUGUUGACGAGAUGACGCUGGGGCAUCUGCUACGGGUGUGGUCUGCAUCGCCUCUUAGUGUAGAUGUCAAGCGCGAUAUGGGGAAGGAGUAG